CUGAUUGCAUUUCACUCAAUUUGAUUCUGAUUGUCACCGGAGGGAGAGAUGUUGUCGUCGCAGAGGCUACACGAAGCGUUUAAAGGGACGGUGGAGAGGUUCACCGGUCCUCGUACAGUCUCCGCUUUCAAAGAGAAAGGAGUUUUAAGCGUGCCGGAGUUCAUCCUCGCCGGAGAGAUAAUCUUGUGUCCAAAUGCCCUACCUGGUCCUGGCGAGCCAAGCAAGAGAAAGUCAUACUUACCACCGGAGAAGCAGUACCUGAUUACUAGAAAUGUACCUUGCCUAAGGAGAGCUGCAUCUGUGGAAGAAGAAUAUGAAGCUGCUGAAGGGGAGAUUCUUCUUGAUAAUGAAGAUAAUGAUGGUUGGUUGGCAACCCAUGGAAAGCCUAAAGAUAAAAAUGAUGUGGAGGAAAAUUUGCCUUCCAUGGAAUCCUUAGAAACCAGCAAUGACAAGACUGUUAAGGCAAUCCCUUCAUACUUUGGUGGUGAAGAUGAAGAAGAUAUUCCUGACAUGGCUGAUUAUGAAGAAGCUGAGAAUGUUAUUGAGAUGGAUGUAGUAAGUUUACCCAUCUAUGUACAUAUCCACACAGAUAGUGAGAAAGAGAGAUGCGUUAUAUUGGUUUUUUCAUACAAUGAAUUCAGCAUUUCAGCCCUCUUAUUCAUAUGACAAGAGAGGGAAUGUGCUUCCAUUAGCUGAAACCUAUAAGCUGGGCCUUUUUGAGUGUAACUGAAAUAGUCGACCCAUCCAUCUUUGGUACAAGUGUUGCAGAUCAUGAUUCAUGAGCUACCUUUUUAAGACAUCACUUGGUUGGAAAAUAUUUACUUGAACCCCUUCUACCUUAUUAUUCAAUUUGUGAUUUUCCCUUUUCGUUUUUCAUGUGGCCAGCCUCUGUUAUCCUGCAAAGGUUUUUCAUUUGUGCCUUUUUCUAGAGUGUGAGACCAUUUUGAUCAGUGAAGUUAAUACCGUACCGUACCGGCCGAUUACUUGAACCCCUUCUACCUUAUUUUUCAAUUUGUGAUUUUCCCUUUUCGUUUUUCAUGUGGCCAGCCUCUGUUAUCCUGCAAAGGUUUUUUGUUUGUGCCUUUUUCUUGAGUGUGAGACCAUUUUAAUUCUAAUAAGAGUUCUAGUUGUGCUGAUUACUGGGAUACAGGUUACUAUUGUAUUGAGGAUCAUCCCCACUUACCUGGAAGCAUGCUUCUGUUCAUCCAUGUCGACAUGGAGCUGUGAUGAAAAAGAUCAUUGAUGUCCUGAUGUCACGCGGUGUGGAACCAGAAGUUGAUAAGUAAUCCGUCUCUCAAGAGUUACUAACUCCUGAUUUGAGCUUUUUGUCAUUUUAAGGAACAUAGAUGGAUUUAUAUAUACUGGUUUUUCUUUAUGCAACUGUAUCAAACUUGAACACUUAUAACAGUUAAAUAAGUACUUGCAUGUGCUGUUUUUGUGUAUAUAUAAAAAAUGUCAAUGUGUAUUCUUAAUUUCAUUUCUAUUAAUGUCAGUGCAUACAUUGCCAUAUUAUUGCUUGCUGUUUAAGAAGUGCAUAGGAAACUUUUUAGAUGCAGAUAUUGAUUGCUAUUUGAUAACAUCAUCCAAUGGUUUAGUUGCUUCUUCGAUGGUAUUUUCUAGCAUUAGGAAGUACUGCACAGGCUCAACAGAAAAACAGAUAAUACUGGAACUGCAUCAUCUGAUACUUCGUGUACAUAGUUACUCAAACACAAUAGUUGUGCAUACAACCUAUGUUAUUUUGGUGGAAAUUCUCUUUUGAAUGUUGGUGGUAUUACCAUAGGGCCCAAUUAUUGCAAUGUUAUAUGAGGUUUCGUGGGAUCAUGUAUUGAUAACUAAUGCACUGCCACCCUGAUGAUGCUGCUGCUUAUGCUGGACUACCGUGAAUUUACCGCGCGUCAAUGACUUGUACAGAAAGCAUUGUUUUUUAUCCGUUAACAGUAAUUCCUUUCGUUUGAGUAGUGUACAUUUGAAUACUAUUGUUUUAUUGUUCUCUCUCUGUAAUUCGUGGGUGUUGUUUAAUAGGGCUGGACAUUUGCGUUUUAUGGGUUCUAUUUGUGCAUGGUUAGGCUUGAUUACCUGUAGUAGUUGAUUCUAAGGGCCCGUGUAGGGUCCAAAGACAAAUAAUCGUACUGAGCAUGACGGCUAAGACAACAUAUGGAGGUCAUAUUGGGCCAUAGUUGGACGCAAUACGGUCCAUCGAAACCCUAAUAGUAUCUUAAUAACGUGCCAGCAAGUCAAUGAUACGCCUAUAUAUAAUAGCUCACAUAUUCAUCCCAAGCACAGCAUUUUCACCCGUAACUUGCAGCAACAGAGCAUAAUGAUAAGAAUUUGCUGGAAAUAAGCAGAAAUAAACAGA